GAGUCGUCGGACAGCGAACCGGAGCAGGAACCGGGCACGCCGCAAAAACUCAUCCGGAAAGUGUCCACUUCCGGUCAGAUCCGCAGCAAGACGGUGUUGAAGGAAGGAGACUUGAUGAAGCAGACCAGUUCCUUCCAGCGAUGGAAGAGGAGAUACUUCAAACUUCGGGGACGAACGCUGUACUACGCGCAGACCGCCAAGUCCAUCAUCUUUGACGAAGUGGACUUGACGGACGCCAGCGUGGCCGAAUCUAGCACCAAGAAUGUCAACAACAGCUUCACGGUGAUCACCCCGUGCCGGCGUCUGAUUUUGUGCGCCGACAACCGCAAGGAAAUGGAAGAGUGGAUCUUGGCUUUGCGGAGCGUUCAGAACCGCCAAAACUACGAGGCGACGCAGUACAGCGUGGAGCACUUCAGCGGGAUGCACAACUGGUACGCGUGCUCACACGCGCGACCCACUUACUGCAACGUAUGCCGAGAGGCGUUGUCGGGCGUCACCUCGCACGGACUCUCCUGCGAAGUGUGUAAAUUCAAGGCUCACAAGCGCUGCGCGGUGAGAGCCACCAACAACUGCAAAUGGACCACGCUGGCGUCUAUCGGGAAGGACAUCAUUGAAGACGAGGACGGGGUGUGGAUGCCUCACCAGUGGCUGGAGGGCAACCUGCCCGUGUCGGCCAAGUGCGCCGCCUGCGACAAGCCGUGCGGCAGCGUCUUGCGCCUGCAGGACUGGCGCUGUCUGUGGUGCAAAGCCAUGGUACACUCGGGCUGUCGGGAGCAGCUGUCGGUCAAGUGCCCGCUGGGUCAGUGCAAAGUGUCGGUCAUCCCGCCCACGGCGCUCAACAGCAUCGACUCUGACGGCUUCUGGAAGGCGUCGUGUCCUCCGUCUUGCACCAGUCCCCUCCUGGUUUUUGUCAACUCCAAGAGCGGCGACAACCAAGGCGUCAAGUUCCUGCGUCGUUUCAAGCAGCUGCUCAACCCCGCCCAAGUUUUCGACCUGAUGAACGGAGGACCUCACUUGGGGCUUCGUCUCUUCCAGAAGUUCGACACCUUCCGGAUUCUAGUGUGCGGAGGAGACGGCAGCGUGGGUUGGGUUCUGUCCGAGAUCGACGCGCUCACGCUUCACAAACAGUGCCAGCUGGGGGUUCUGCCUCUGGGAACCGGCAACGAUCUGGCCCGGGUCCUGGGCUGGGGCUCGGCCUGCGACGACGACACCCAACUACCUCAGAUUUUGGAGAAACUGGAGCGGGCCAGCACCAAAAUGUUGGACAGGUGGAGCAUCAUGGUGUACGAGAGCAAGUUUCCGCGGCCGCGCUCGGCUUCCGCCGUGACCGAGGACUGCGCCGAAGACUCGGAGGUGCAGCAGAUUCUCACCUACGAAGAUUCGGUAGCCGUUCACCUUUCCAAGAUUCUGACGUCGGAUCAGCACUCUGUCGUCAUUUCUUCUGCCAAGGUUCUUUGCGAGACGGUAAAGGACUUUGUGGCGCGGGUGGGAAAGGCCUACGAGAAGAACACGGAGCCUUCCGAGGAAUCGGACGUCAUGGCCAAAAAGUGCGGCCUACUAAAAGAGAAGUUGGACCUCCUCCUGCGGACCCUGACCGAGGAGUCGGAGGCGUCCUCCCCUCUUCUCGCCGGGGACGACGGGGGCCCACUGGCGUUCGUGCUGCCCCUGCUGUGCGCGGGCCCCGACCCGGCCGCGGCCACCCGGCCCCCGGCUGUCUUUAAACCUCGCGAGCAGCUGAUGCUUCGAGCCAACAGCCUAAAGAAGGUCAUCCGGCAGAUCAUCGAGCACGCCGAAAAAGCCGUGGAUGAACAGAACGCUCAAACAGCGGCCAUGUUCUCUCUGGAGGUGGCGGACGACGGCGACAAGACGGCGGACGGCAGACGGAGAGCAGCUUUUGGCAACAAGACGGGCGCUAACAAAUGCGGCGGCAUGACGCUGAGCAGCUCCGCGCCGAUCGCGGUCCACGCGGGAGGCGGGGACGAGGCGCCGACCCGGGAGAUCCUCUAUCCCGGUGAGGCGCGACGUUCCUUCCGACCCGAGCCGGUCCUUCGCCGCUCGCCCUCCGCGGGUUCGGGAGCCGGCGGGUCGCCGUCCCGCGGUACGGUCAUCGGUCGACUGCUCUUGGACGCCGAGUCGUUUGUGGGACGCGAGCCCCAAAACACGGAGCGAUACACCGAGAAAUGCGUGAUGAACAAUUACUUUGGCAUCGGUCUGGACGCCAAGAUUUCUUUGGAUUUCAACAACAAGCGAGACGAACAUCCCGAGAAGUGUCGGAGUCGCACCAAAAACAUGAUGUGGUACGGCGUUCUGGGAACCAAGGAGCUGCUGCACAGGACCUACAAGAACCUUGAACAGCGAGUUCUGCUGGAGUGUGACGGGCGACCCAUCCCGCUCCCCAGUCUGCAGGGCAUCGCCGUCCUGAACAUUCCCAGUUACGCCGGAGGGACCAACUUUUGGGGAGGCACCAAAGAAGACGACACCUUCGCCGCGCCGUCUUUCGACGACAAAAUUCUGGAAGUGGUGGCCGUGUUCGGCAGCAUGCAGAUGGCCGUGUCCAGAGUCAUCAACCUUCAACACCAUCGCAUAGCGCAGUGUCGCACGGUGAAGAUAGCCAUCUUGGGGGAUGAGGGCGUCCCCGUCCAGGUGGACGGCGAGGCCUGGAUUCAGCCUCCGGGAUACAUCAAGAUUCUUCACAAGAACCGCAGCCAGACGCUCACCAGGGACCGCGCCUUCGAGAGCACGCUCAAGUCGUGGGAGGAUAAACAAAAGUGCGAAUUUCCUCCGGCUUGGGCGGCCCAGCCGUCCCACCCCGAGACCGUCUCCGAGGAAGAGGCGGCGCCGGUGCGGGACUUUGCGAGGGCGUCCGGGCUGCUCAUCGGCAGUAUUUGUCAGCUGGCCCGGAGUCACCGCGGCGUGGAACAAGAGCUGGCUCACGCCGUCAACGCCAGCUCCAAGUCGCUGGACCCGCUCUACGAUACGACCGGCGCCGCCGGGACGCUGAGCUGCGGCACGGUGGCGCUGGCGGCUAAGGACGUCAAGGCCUUGCUGAGCGAGACGGAACUCCUCCUGGCGGGGAAAAUGGCUACGGCCUUGGACGCUGGACAACAGGAGCAGUUGAACUGCGCGUUGAGCGGCGUGCGUCAGCGUUUGAACGCCUUGGCGGACGCGCCCCGUUGGAACGCGGCCCUCAAACCGGCUGAGCAACAGGACGCCAAAGCCGGCCGCGGCGCCAAGUUUCGUCUGGUCCCCAAGUUUAAAAAGGACAAAAACAACAGAGUCAAAGAGACUCGCGGCUCGCUGACGCUGCCGGUUCAGCAGUGGGGCACGGACGAAGUCGGCGCUUGGCUCGACUUCCUGUGCCUGUCCGAGUACAAAGACGUCUUCGGCCGACACGACGUGAGAGGAAGCGAAUUGCUGCACCUGGAGAGGCGGGACCUCAAGGACCUGGGCGUCAGCAAGGUGGGCCACGUCAAGCGGAUCCUUCAGGGCAUCCGCGAGCUGAGCCGCAACAGCAGCGCCAGCGAGGCCUGA